AUGAUAAAGAAACUACAAGAAUUAGAGAAAAUGGCAAGUAGUGCUUCUGCCGUUUUAGAUGUAGUAGCAGAAAACAAGGAAAUCCCUUCCGUUUUAAAAGAGAAAGAAGUCGAUCCACCUAGUGUUUGUAGUGAUUCAACUUACGAUAAUUCACUGGUGCAAUCUCCGAGUAUAGAAAGCUUUUCAACUAUACAAGACAUAGAAAAUCUAGCCGAAUUAAACAUGGAUGAAAACUCGGACUUGUGUGUGAAAAUUGACAAUCCUCAGAAGCAUUUAGAAACCUUAGAAACUUACAUUACAUUUAGAAUUACAACGAAGGUAGCUAGAAUUGAAUUUUCAGAUAAUGAAUAUAUUGUACAUAGAAGAUAUAAUGAUUUCCUAUGGUUAAGGCAAAAGCUAGUGGAAUGCCAUCCAUUUUGUAUUGUACCUCCAUUACCUGGUAAACAUUCGUUAAUAGGUCAGUUAGAUAGAUAUUCCAAAGAUUUUAUAUUACUUAGAAUGAAGGCGUUAAAUGUUUUUAUUACAAGAGUAACCAAGCAUCCAAUAUUGAGUUGCAAUGAACAUUUUAAAUUUUUUUUAACAGCCAAAUCUGCAGACUUUACAUUGCACAGGAGACAAAGACAUCCGAUCCAACAAAAAAUAAGAACCUUCAAUCACGGAACGUCGACUCAUAGCGUGUUAAAAAACAAACACAUUGAAUUCGACAAAACCAAAGCGUAUUUAACGACAUUAUCGGAAAAGCUAUUGUCGAUAGAAAAAAUAUCUAGUCGUAUCAACAAAGAAAGAAGCGAAUAUGUAACAGAAUUGAACAGUUAUCAUCCUGUAUUUACCACGUGGGCUACUUCCGAACCCGAAUUAUCGGAAUUGUUGCAGAACGUCGGCGGUGCAAUGGAGAGAAGUUCUGCAGCGCAACACUCUUUAGUACAAAGUUAUAGUAAUACUGUCGGUAAUCCCAUAAAGGAUUUCUUAGCUUAUAUCGAUGUGGCUCAAGAAACGCUCAGGAAACGGGAAUCGUAUCAGUAUUCAUAUGAAAUAUCCAUGGAUGAACUAAAUAAAAAACAUACAGAAAAAGACAAGUUGGUAGCUAUUCAACAAAAUCCGUCCCAUGCAGCUACGGGCUUUUCAUUAUGGAAGCAAUCCAGCUGUGAUGAUAAACUAGAAAAAUUAGGCACUUACAUUCCUCAGCUCAUCAAAAAAGUGGAAUCGAAUCAAGAUAACCUCGAAUGCGCGAACGAAUCUUUAAGAAGCGAUCUGCAACGUUGGCAAUCUGAGAAGCAGCAAUGCUUGAAGAAAAUAUUGUUAGAUUUUGUUAACAAGCAAAUAAAUUAUUACCAAGCGACGUGUAAUGCCUGGGAGUACGUAGCGAACGAAAUAAAUCAACAAAAUGCUUCGUUGCGGAGUAACGCGAAAUAAUAAUCAAAUUUGCUAGCAGGGGAAGUACAGUACUUCCUAUAUUUCGCUACCUCACUUCAAAAAUAAGAUAUUUCUACAUUCAAAAGAGAAGCAACAACAAUCUGGUCCUUUGGAAUGUCAUUUCUCACAAAAUCUAAUGAUAAUAAACAAAUUUAGCUUUAAAAAUUCAUAAAUAAUAUAUGAACAAACAAACCCCGUUGUAUGGCUUUGAUUUGCUCAAAUCAAUCAUGAUUUAAUUUUUUUUUAUUGCUUUUGCAUCACACGUUUUUUGCUAUAUUGAAUUUCAAAAGAAUAAUUAUCAAAACGUACAAAAAUAUGAUUCAAUCGUUCAUAAAUAUUCAAUAAUCUGCAUAUUACCAUUUUGUAGCUUUACCAUUUACCUCUUAAAAUAUCAGAUUAACAAAAGAAAUAGAUUAAGGGCCCUGUUUAACAUACAUUUUGUUUGAAGUCAAUAAACGUUUGACAGUUUGGUUUUCCAUUGACGUAUCAAUUAGUUUUGUUCAUGUGGAAUUAAAUAAAAAUGCCAUUCAAAUAUUACAUUUUGUUUUAGAACAAACAAAACAUUUAAUGGUGAUGAAAUUAAGCUAGCAAUGUCAAAUUGUGUAAAAACCCAAAUUCAACUUUGGCAUCCUAUAACUUCAAAACCUGUUAACAUUUAAAAAAGUAGUCUUCAAAAUUAUGUUUCUAUACCUUUUGUUAAUCUAUUAGUUUGGAAAUGUUUAUAAAUCUAUUAGUUUGGAAAUGGUGAUGAAAUAAAGCUAACAAUGUCAAAUUGUUAAAAAAUCCAAAUUCAACUUUGGCAUCCUAUAACUUCAAAACCUGUUAAGAUUUAAAUACGUGGUCUUCAAAAUUAUGUUUCUACACUUUUUGGAAAUAUUUUUUUCAAUAAAAACUUUAAAAUAAAAAUACAAACAAAAUUGUUUAACAGUUUUGACUAAAUUAUCCGUUGCAAUUUUGGCUAAAAAAAAAGUUACCAAUCUAUAUUUCAUUUGUUUAUCUGAUAACAAAACCUUUAUUUACCCAAUUUUUAAACAUUCCAAAUAAAUGUUAUAUUUUUAUGUUUAAUUUUAAAACAUCACAUUUUUUUAUUAUUAUAUCGUUAUUUUUAUUUUUUUGUUAAAUAUUUAUUAUAAAGUUUAUUCCACUGCCUAUUAUAUAAAUAAAAAUCGCAAUGUAUUUGAGUGUGUAUAUUAAAAACAAAUCUACAAUUCGAUAAUUAUGAUUACUUUUUAUAAAUGUCACACCUAAAUACGCCAAAAAAAUUUUUGAAUAAUUUAAUAAAUAGCGAACAUGUAUAUAGAAAUAAUCCACUACAAUAAAAAUUGUGCUAAUUAUAAUAUAUAUAAUAUAUUUUUUCCUGCGAAGAUGGUAACCUAAAAAUCUGACCGUUUGUCCCUGUUCCUGGCCCUCGAUAGAGUUCUUGCUUUGAAAUUGGCCGCAUUCACCAAACGCUGUAACAAUUAUAAUUUUUAUUAUUACAAAAUACUCUAUUAAAGGUACUUAAUUAACCCUUUUUGUUAUACAAUUCGUUUCAUUAUUGAAUAAAAAUUAC